AUGGUGAUCAAGGAACUGCACUUCAUCACAGGCAACAAAAACAAAUUGGCGGAAGUGCAAUCCAUUCUUGGCGACGUGGUACCUCUGAAAAGCCAAUCACUAGUUCUUGUAGAGACGCAAGGUACUAUAGAGGAUAUUUCAAAGGACAAAUGCCGUAGAGCCGCAGACGAGGUAGAAGGCAGAACACGGCAAGCAUUGCAUUCUACUGAUUUAAUUCCAAUACAGGUGGGAGGCCCCGUUUUGACGGAAGAUACUUGUCUAUGUUUCAAAGCCCUCAAGGACUUGCCGGGACCCUACAUCAAAUGGUUCCUCCAAGCACUCGGCCAUGAAGGUCUUAACAACAUGCUUCUUGCAUAUCCAGACAAAAGCGCCGAAGCUGUCUGUUGGGACCCCAUUUUCGAAUAUCAAGGCGAGACAUAUGCCGAAAUGGCCAAGGAUAAGAAGAAUGGCUUGUCCCAUCGGGCUCUGGCUCUCGCCAAACUCAAAGCCUGGUUGCAAACGCAGACAUAG